AUGAGCAUAAGAAAUGUAGAUCGUGAGGAAACAAAUAAAAUAUUGUCGAAUAAACAAAGGCAAUCCAGAGAAAUUGAAAGAUUAAAAAUACAUGAAUUAGAAUCAGAAUCCGGCUGUUCCUCUACUACAUUAUUGUCAGGGUCAGGAUCUGACCCCUCACAAUAUCUAUUUUCUUCAGAUGAUGACUUUAUCAAUCCAAACUUACUCUUAAAAAACACUCAAAUAAGAACAAAGAUACCUACGUUAGAUCUUGUAUGUGUUAAAUAUGGUAUAUCUGAUCGAUCAGCUGCUGCAAUUGCUAGUGGAGUAUUAAAUGAUGUAGGAAUAAUUACCACAGAUUCGUCGAAAAAAUUUGACCAAAAUGAAGUAAGAAGAGAGCGAAAGAAAUCUAGAAAUACCGCAAGAAAGAAGUUUUAA